CUUCCAAAGUGUUUCCUAGGAAAAGCAAUAACCAAUAUAAAAUAACAAUACAACAGCAAAAUAUCUAGCCCAGGCUACUUUCGGAUACAAUAUUUAUUCUUAGGCUAUUGCAGUUUUUACUUCAUGAAUCCCUUCCGCACCGUUUUUGUGUGUUUCGUGUAAGAUGAGUUCGUACGUAGCAAACAACAAUUUUAAGCAGCAAACGCACGAGGCAUCCUCCUAUAACACCAUGAAUAGUUUAGGCAGUUAUCGCUCUCUCUCUGCCCUCCAUCAAGGCAAUUAUGCAUAUAACGGAGGUCUUAAUCAUUUCAACGGAACAUUCACCUCUGAUGCCACUGUGAACUCUCUGAAACGAGAAGAGAUGGAAACUAGCCUGCGAGGCAAUACGGACACUCAACCUCCACCACGACCACAGUCAUGUUCAGCUGCGAGCUCCCGGAACUCCGUGCAAAACUGCCUCGGAGAUGGGAUACAGGGCAAAGGGACUGGAAGGCCAAUGGAAGUGGUCGAAAACCCUAUAACUAUGACUGAAGAAAGCGCCAUCAAAGUCGAAACUAUGCAACCUGUGAAACGUCAAAACCAUUCGAAGAAGCACCAAGACAGUCAACAGCAACAGCAGAUUUUUCCCUGGAUGACAAAACUACACAUGAGCCACGAAUCAUCUGACGGUAAACGCUCUCGAACCAGUUACACCCGCUACCAGACUCUGGAGUUGGAGAAAGAGUUCCAUUUCAACCACUACCUCGCCCGUCGUAGGCGCAUUGAGAUCGCCAAUACCCUAUGUCUGAACGAGAGGCAACUAAAAAUUUGGUUCCAGAAUCGACGUAUGAAGUGGAAGAAGGAUUCGAAACUGAAAUCAAAGGAUUCGAUAUAAACAUGGGGUUGAUGACUGAUCUGGAGACGAACUGCUAAAAGAAGUACCCAGAGAGAGACCGUUUUCAUAAUCCGCAUUUAUUGUGCUAUGGACUAUUACAUUAUUUGCAUAUUCCGCGUUUGGAACUUUACAUGUGGACUUUUAUUAUUUAUUUAAUGGUUGUAAAAAUGGAAGGAAAAUAUUGAACAAAAAUAUAGUAAUGUGUUGUCUAAAUGUAAAGAUUGUGUAAAGACCUUUGGAAGUCUUAGGGAGGAGCUGUGGAGUAUAAGGCCACUCCCUCUUUCAUGUUUCAAUGCAUGAGUGGGAAAUACAUGAACAUUCUACCUAUUCUCUUAUUAUUGAGAUAAUGAUCAUGUCAGUGAGUGAUACUCAGUGGUAAUACAAUGAUAAGGAGGAGACCUAACUGUUCAUGACUCUUAUAAUGACGAAUAUAUUUUAUUUUAUUAAAUGUCUUAAAAUUCAUAUUUGGGCGGAGUGACUUUGUUGUAUUCGGGCUUACAGCAAACAGACAGUUGACUUUUUGAACUAUGGAUUAUGUCCCAAAAAAGAUGUAAGAGUUUCGUGAUGGUAUCUGAGGACAGCACACAUACCUAUAGGCCUACCAUUCCAUGCCAUAUAUAUAUGUUCGCAGUUGUCUGAUCAAAUCGAAACAUAUUGUGUACAUAUUGGAUAAUCUGCCACCCCCUUAGGUGCACAAUACCUGCAUAUGUACAGAAGGCCUAUUAUAACAUUGUCUGAAUAAGCUUGUGAUUUAAUCAAAACGCUUACAGGUGUUGAGAAAACUUUUGAAUAAACCUCCCAUACCGUAUUACCAGCAC